AUGGAGGGCGGCUCAAACGGGACGUCUGCUGGGGCUGUAGGGGCAGAGCCGGAGGCCAUACUGAUGGAGCCGACCACCUCUGAGAUUAUUGAAAUGCUCUACCAGCUGACGUUCUUUAUGAUAGGCACGCCGCUGAAUGUCUGGGCGUUUAUGCGGACAAAUAGACAUAUCCGAGCAGGCGGAGUAGAAUCUCGUCUCGUUCGACUCAGUCGGCAACUUCUAAUCGCCCACAUCAUCGUGCUGUUCGUCUACGGUGUCUGGAGGAGCUACUGGUUCUUCAACAUCGUUUGGGUGCAGGGCGACUUCCUAUGCAAAUUCUUCUCCUUCUGCUGCGCCUUGCCUUUUCACCUGUGGUCCAAUAUGGUAGCGGCAAUAGCUGUUGAUAUGCUUUGCUGUAUCACAAGCCCGCUGAGCAGCUACCGUAACGGGGCCAAUCGGGUGUCCUGGCUAAUCGCGAUGGCCUGGAUACUGUCGAUUAUCUGCGCGGCGCCGAUGUUGAUUUUGAGGGGAACCGUCAAAAUCUCCGAUCAAGAAGAUGCCCUCGAGCAGUGCUAUCCAUUGAUAGGGGUGUACUCCCAUGAAGUGCUGGUCGUGUUCAACCUCUUCCACGUCAUCACCACCUUCUACGUUCCCCUAAUCGUGGUCGUAGUGUGCUACUCACUCAUCGGCCUCUCACUCAAGAAGCAGAUCAACGAAAGAAAAUUGCUGCAAGACGGGGCUGAUCAAAAACGCGGCUACCGCCAAUCGACAACAAAAGCCCGAUUCCUGCGGGCGAGUCUGGCGAUCAUUUGCACAUUCUUUUUCACUUGGCUGCCGUAUCAGGUGCUUGCCCUCCUCCGGGUCAUCUGUGACGAUCAUGAGAUCUGCCAGGCCAUCACUGGCAAGCUGAACUGGCUGCAAGCCAUCAUUAUAGCUAGUACCUGCAUCAACCCAUUCCUCUACCAAUUCGGCUCGGAACGCAAAGCACACUGCUCGGCGAAUUGCUCGACGUUAGAGAGCACCAAUGGCGUACCGGGCGGCAUCAAAGUUUAUCAAAACCCCGCCUCCUCUUCUGGCGUCGCCAGAACCGAACCGAACCCCGGCCGGACCAGCCAAAAA